AUGAAUACCUAUCAACCACUGUCACCACCGGCGCAAUCCCCCUCCAAUGUCUUCCGCCCCCGGCGAUCCGAUGACUGGCAUGAAUAUCGCGAGAUCAUCGAGCAGCUCUACCGCAAUGACCAGCUAAAGUUACGGGAUGUCAAACGCAUCAUGGAGAGGGAUUAUAAGUUCUUUGCCUCAGAAAAGCAGUACAAGGAUCGUCUCGCCGCAUGGCAUGUCCGCAAGAACAUCAAGGCCAAGGAGGUCCACCUGAUGCUUCGCAAGCAGCAGAAGCGGGCCGCCCAAGGCAAACAGACGGCCUUCAGGGUCAAUGGCCAGAACGUUGACCCCAAGCGAAUCGCCCGCUUCGUCCGUCGCUACGGCACAUCCUGGGACAGUACUCGAGGCAAGGAACCAGAGAACGAGCCCCAGAGUCCCGAGCCUCAAACUCCCUCGGAUAUGACCUGCUAUACACCCGAGCCUGCCGACGAGAACAGCGUCACCACGCCCAUCUCCCCGCUGGAGAUGCAUUCGCCCCGAGAAAUGCCGUCCUUCCCGCUCAAUCCAUACGGUAAAUCCACGGGUUCGAUGAGUAUGCGUAUCCCUGAUAUUGAUGGUCGCUAUCUCGCUCUAGACCCAAACCACCUCGAAAAUCUUCCAGACCUCAUCAUAGACGAGGAUCCGAACAUGCCUCUGACCAUGCACUCUAACCGCAACAACUACCAACUAGGCACUGUCCCCACUCACUCUCACUCCAACUCUCACUCCCACGGACAUGCCGUUCAUGCUCAUGCCCAUGCCCUUCCUCAUCCCCAUGCUCAUGCUCUGCAUGCUCAUAAUGCCCGGGCUCACUCUGGCCCUGCGCCGACGGAGCCCGAGGCCCCGGAUGUCGAUGCCCACCCUCCUGAUUGGAAUACGGUCGAGUCAUUCCAGACCCGGCUUCAGACGUUGGAUUACACGCUUUCGCAGUCGAUGUCGAAGUGGGCGAGAGAGCAGGAUCCGAAUCAGGAGAUUCCUCACCAUGAGGGGUUGGGGAUGUGA